ACAGAAGAAGAAGAAGAAGAGAGGAGGCGGAGAUCCACGUUAGUUGGUGGUUUAUUAGUAAUAGUUGGUUAGUCUUCCACCGCAGUCAGGCAGCAGUUUGGCAGCAUUUUAAUUUCAAAAAUGAACGGGUUAAACGAGGAACCAAUGGCGCCACAGAACUUUCUUUAUGGGUGUGUGCUGGAAGCUGGAAAGGAGGUGGUGUUCAAUCCUGAUGACGAUGACUUUGAGCAUCAGCUAGAUCUGAGGAUGGCCUGUGUGGACCCCAGCACAAAAGAUGAACUUCACAUGGUGGAGGUGGAGGGACAAGACACAGAGGGUCAGAAAAUCAAGGCAGCACUGGUUUCACUUAAGCCCUCUACCCUGCCCAGUGUUUGUCUUGGUGGUUUCACAAUCACACCCCCAGCAGUUUUUCGUCUGAAGGCAGGUUCUGGGCCAAUCCACCUCAGUGGACAACACCUUGUCAUGAUGGAAGCCGAUGAGUCUUUUGACGAAGACGACGACGAUGAGGACGAAGAAGAGGAGGACGUCAAAACAUCGAAGAAAAGACCUGCUACCUCUCCUGCCCUCAAGGCUCAGAAAAAAAUGAAAAUGGAGAUGGAAGAGGAUGAUGACGACGAAGAUGAAGACGAUGAUGAUGAGGAUGAUGAUGAUGAGGAUGAUGAGGAGGAUGAUGAGGAUGAGGAGAGCGAGGAGGAAGAAGAAUCACCCGUCAAGGCCAAGCCAACACCAUCCAAAAAAACAGCUGCUGCUCAGAAUGGCAAGAGUCCUAAAUCCAACACUCCACCUACAAAACAGGAGAAGACCCCUAAAGGUAAGGGAGACAAGUCACCGAAGACCCCACCAACCCCUAAGGCAAAUUUGACUCUACCUGAGAUUAAAGCCAAGAUGAUGGAAGCGGUGAAGAAGGGAGUGACAUUGCCCAAAAUUCAGCCCAAGUUUGAGAAUUUCUUGAAGCACGGUUAUAAAGUCUCAGAUGCCAAGGUCAUUGCAGAGCUGUGGAAGUGGAGACAGACGGUGAAGGAUGCUAAAUAACAGUCUAAACAGUAGUUUUAUUAUCUCUUUUUAUGACCUGUUUAUACCCAUAGCACCUCUCAAACCCUCUGAAGCCAAACUCAGUGCCUCACAGUUGUCAUGAAGUCAUUCAAAGUCUAAUCCAACUCCACCUGCCCUCCUGUAUGAAGAGACUGGAUAGUUGGUGAUGUGGAUGUUGACAGUGCACUGUGCUGUUGUCUUUCCACAUCCAUCACGCAGUCACUGGGGCAGAGAAAUUAUCUGGUUUGAUGAAUAAACCCUGGGAGAACCAACAUACAAAUUUGCAUCUUUGUAAAUGUGUAAAUAAAACUCUCACUAGAUUUUUGGCAGCGUUGUAUGCAGGAAUGAUUAAAAUGCAUCAUCAUUACACAAUUAAAAGCACACAUAAGACUAGUAAUUAAGUCGCUCAAGAGACAUUAACUCCACAUCCAUUCAACACAACGUCGGCUAAUAUUGGCCAUAGUUACAUUGUUUGUCAGUUUUGGUAAAAGCAGAAGAUUUGUCUGGUACCAUCAUAAACAUAAAAGAAAACUUGCACUUUUUGAAAUGUUUUGAAUGUUUAUGCUAUUGUGAGAUUCCUAUGGUAAAGGUCCCCUAACAAGAAACACCUUAUUUCUGUUUGAAACGUUGUAUCAGAAUUCAAAAUACUCUUAUUCUUUUUCAUGUAUUUUACCGUCCGGAAAUAGUCAACCAUUUGGUAUACAGCCACAAGUGCGGCACCCUAUACAUUUCAUCUCUGUGGAAACUGGUUGGUUUAAGUGCUUUAUGUUGCCGUGACUACUGAUAGCCCAUAGGCCAAAGGUUAACUUCUUAACUCUGUGAGUGACUGAAUGCAUGAAGAGAUCUGUGAAUGAGUUAUUUUUUUAUGGGUUAUUAAAUCUUUCCAAAGCAGAUGUUGCAGAGGUGGAGAAUUCUUGGAGAUGUUCAUCGUUGUUCUAAGACAUACCACCUGUCAGAGUUUAAGAAAGCCACAAAUUCUGUGCUCAUGUGACCACUUAAAGGUCGAAAUGUAAAUGUUGGUGCAUUGGACCUGUUAAAGCAGAAGAUCAUUCCGUGUUUGCAAAGAAACAUGUAAGUUUGUUUGACUAUAAAUAUGCUGUGGGUUUGGAUUAUCCCAAAAUUGAUUUAAAUAAAAACAUAAUGUGAAUCCUU